CCAUUGCGACCCUCACCCCUACUUGACUAGACCAACCGAUCCAACAGCAGGCCGGAAUCCGGGCAAAUCGAACCACGGCAUUACUCUAUCUUCCACAGGUGUGGUCUUGAUCAUCCCACCAGCCGCCUCCCUCCAGGUUGCUUCGUUCUUCGUCUUUGUUGCCAGUCAACCAAUAGGGUCACGGUUUUCUCCAUGAAGACUCCUACCCACGGCUGGCUCGGGCUUCUCAUUGCCGUGGCUAUCGUGUCCACUCGGGUAGAGGCCGACUCCACGACGAGCAACGAUUGUUCUCCCGACUUUUACCGCGACGGCGAAUGCGACACUCACAACAACAACGCUGAAUGCGAGUACGACGGCGGCGAUUGCUGUUCUUGCACAUGUCAGAACGAUACCUACGACUGCGGUGUCAGCGGCUUCGAUUGCGUCGACCCGAGCGCGGAGUGUGUCGACGAUGAUGAUAUUGGUACAGAGACCGUACAAAAUUGCGGGGAUCCUUGGGCCAUCGGCGAUGGCAACUGUGACAAGGACAACAACACGGAGGAAUGCGACUACGACGGCGGCGACUGCUGUUCUUGCACCUGCCAGGUUCCGGAUGAUGGCACUGGCGAUGACGGUUCCCUCUGCGGCGAAUCCGCCGUCUUCGCUUGCAUCGAUCCCGACGCGCCAUGCGUGAACGACGACGACUUUACGGCCUUCUUGCCGGAAGUCGUGAAGGAAACCUGCGGCGGGAAUAUUGUCCACUUGGCAGAUGGCGACUGUGAUCAGAUCAACAACAACGAAGAAUGCGGCUACGAUGGCGGCGAUUGCUGUUUUUGCACAUGUUUGGAUGAUUUCUACGAGUGCGGCAUCAGAGGCUUCGCCUGCAUCGACCCGAGCGCGGAGUGCGCCGACGACGAUGAUGUUACUGUCGACACGGUCGAAAACUGUGGCGUCAGAAGCAUUGGCGAUGGCCAGUGUGACCUCGACAACAACAGGGAGGAAUGCCACUAUGACGGCGGUGACUGCUGUUCUUGCACCUGCCAGGUUCCGGAUGAUGACAGCGGCGAUGACGGCUCCCUCUGCAGCGAAUCCACUGUCUUCGCUUGCAUUGACCCUGACGCGCCAUGCGUGAACGACGACGACAUCACGGUCGACAUGAUGGACACCUGCGGCGGACACCCCAUCAAUUUCGGAGAUGGAUGGUGUGACGACGACAACAACAACAAAGAAUGCGGCUACGACAGCGGCGACUGCUGUUCUUGCACGUGUGUGGAUGGCACGUACGAGUGUGGCAUUGUCGGCUUCGACUGCGUCGACCCGAGCGCGGAAUGUGUGGAUGACGAUUAUCCUUCGACCGGCGUCACGGACGAUUGCGGAAAUGCUGGAACCGUCGCGAAUGGCUACUGUGACUUCGACAACAACAAAGAGGAAUGCGCUUACGACGGCGGCGAUUGUUGCGAGUGCACAUGCGAGCCUUCCGGGCUUGAGGAUGGUUCCGACUCAUGCACCUCCGGCUUUGACUGCCAAGACCCGACCGCACCGUGCUUCGACGAGGAACCUACCCUCCCGGAAAAAGAGGAUGACGAUGGAUCGAUGUCUUACGAUUUCUUGGACGAAGACGAUCUACUGACCGUCGGUACCGAUGCCGUUGAAGUCGGCACCAAGACUGACGUGAGCGUAUCUGCCACCGCCUAUGAUACACGCCCCGGCUCGAGCAGCGGUGAUGUGGGGUGCGGCGAGGCCGGUGGUAACGGUUGUUCGCCGGCGAACACCCGUGACGGCAUCAGCAACGAGACCGAGUCCAGGUGGUCGUGUGCCUCGAAGAUAGUGCCUGGCGGAGGGCCUUGCCAGAUCGAGUACGUGUUCGGAGAGCCCCAGGACAUCGAAGACAUCAAGGUGGCCUUCUGGAUGGGCGACGAGCGCGUCCGCACGCUAGAGGUCUACUUCGAUGGCACCCUGCACCGCACCCACGAGUCCUACGCCGGAUCCACCUUCAACUCUCUAGGUGUCUCGGCCACCGGUAUAGGCACGGUGAUGCUCGAGUCGGUCGAUCUGCUCGAGAACGAAUGGAUCAGUCUCAUCGAGGUGGUGUAGUCGAGGCUAGCGACGAAAACGGACGGUGUUGACGGUCAGGGAAAUGCUUUCAACUCGUCCUCCCCGAACGGGCAGCCGUUUUCAUGCGAAGACGUCUCGCCUCAGUCUAUAUCUGUCAAUUUUUGUGACGGCGGUUUUUUGUUGGUACUUUGUUGGGGAAUAUGUGAUACAUGGGGUGUCGGGGUGCAUAACGAAGUGAGCCAAUAUUCUCCUUGUCGGGAGGAAACUACCCGGGCCUGGCUUGCCAGAUAUGUCAAUUUAAUUAGGGAAAAGGCACUCCGUCAUGAACGCCCUGCAGAGGCUGUUGUUUCAUCAUCUCAUGGUCGUUUCGGACCCACCGUCUGGCCACUGGCGACACCAAGGUGAUGAUAUUCGUUUCACCCUGAGCGGUCACGAUGCCCGCGAUAACUCCAACGCCUUCAAGCCAAGCCAAGCCAAGCUUGGCCGCCGCAGUGUGUGGUUUGCACGUCGCCCUUGUGCAGAGUAAUAGGGCGUCCGUGCCGAGACGUUCUAUGUGUAAAUUAUUUCUGUUGGCGCUGACGGCACGAUGCUUUCGUGUUGUCGUACCCAAAAGGGGGUAUUGCUAUGCGGGGAGUCCUACCAACGCGGUGCAGCCUGAUCGAGGGCUGGACAUCCUUCUCUCCGAUUCCGAUUGUCUUACCGCUCAAACCGGCACGUACCGUCGGGUGCGGAUACAUGUAGCGCUCCACUCGCUGUGGAAGGCAUUGAUUCAGCAUUUGUUUUCAGGAAUACAUAGUUCACGGGAGCGUAGCAUACGUGCCGGGGAUCGAUCUCACGUUGCCUUGCUGUAUUGUGAAGGGCUCUGGCCAUUCAAUCCCAUUCGGUGUAAGUCGUGUGCCCUGCACCAGGUUGCUCAUGCUUUGCCCCACGAAGUUUCUCUUUUUUGCAUAUUUUUGCAAGUGUUGUGGUGGGGGACUGGAUGAAUUCCCCCACCUCAACACCGGCGUGCGAAAAAAUCGUUUCGCACUGCGCAUUCAUGUAUGAGCAAUGCUUCUCCCACCUAUUCGUAUCUCUUUGUACGGCGAUGCUUGCGGUUUUUUUCCGGUCGUCUCCAAGGAUACGUGCAGUAGUAGCUUGUCAUAUAUUUUGGCACUACAGCAGAAACAUGAUACGUAUUCGCUCAAUAGAGGUGCGAGAAUAACUCUCUCGGGUGUGUGUGCUUGUAGGUAUUCAUGCACGAACUCUUGGUAUGUUUGGUUUGUGACCAACUUCAAAGUGGUCGCAGCGACGGGUGUUGAAGUUGUGUAUUUUCCACUGUAGGCCUUUGCUGAGUUGGAUCAUUGGGAGCUUUCUCUUGAGGAUAAUAUGGAUUUUGAUUUUUUGUUCACUUCUUUUGGCCCCUGUAUCGGGUUAAGGUAUGUAUGUAUGCAAGAUGUGAUAGAAAUCAGAGCGAGGUUCAAUGUGAAGACGUCGUAACAACACCAUGUGGAUCGACUCGCUCACCUGGGUAG